UUGUCAGCAGGUGGCGGUGUGCAGAGGAAGUCGAGGACGUGACGUAGAAGAAGAAGAAGAGUGACUUCCGCCUCCGGGACACACAUGGGCAGACGCUGUCUCUGCUUCAGUCACGAGGCGACAUGACGAGGUGGGCGCGAGCCAACAACGUCCAUAAACACAAGCCGGCAGAGGCCACGCCAUGGAGCCGGCUGAGAGGAGGAGCAGGAGGAGGAAGAGGAGGAGCAGGAGGAGGAGGAGGAGGUCACUCAGGUCCUGGUCGAGGUCCUCAGAGGGAACACCUGAGGGGGACUCAGCCCGGCGGAUCAGCUGUGAAAAAACCGAACCGUAAGAAGAAGGAGUACGUGGACGAGGACGUGAACGGCUUCCUGGAGUUUCUGCAGAAGAGUGGCCAGGCGCCUCCUAAAGGAGGAGGAGGAGGAGGGAGGGUGGAGGAAGAGCGGGAGCUGAGGGAGGAGGUGGAGACAGCUCUGAAAAAAGACAGAAGAAGAGAGGACCGCAGGAUGAAGAGGCAGAACGACAAGAAGAACAACAUGCUGUGUUUUAACUGCAGGAAGCCGGGUCACGGCCUGGCCGACUGUCCGGAGGCGGACCGUGACGAGGAGAUGGGUCGAGGCAUCUGUUACCGCUGCGGCUCCACCGAGCACGAGAUCCAGAGGUGCCGGGCCAAAGUGGACCCGGCUCUGGGUGAUUUCCCGUUUGCCAAGUGCUUCAUCUGCGGUCAGACCGGACACCUGUCCCGCUCCUGUCCCGACAAUCCCAAAGGACUGUACGCACAAGGAGGUUGUUGUCGUGUUUGUGGUUCAGUGGAACAUUUUCAGAAAGACUGUCCGGAUCACCAGGCGGCAACGAGCUCCGUGACCGUCGCCUGGCUCUCCAACAACAUGAGUGCAGACCAUGAAGAAGUCCAUGUCCCGGUGAAGAAAGCCAAACCCAAACAGACUAAAGUGGUGACGUUCUGAUCUGCUGACUCAUCAUCGUGGACUCUUUGGACACGUUCUGGUUCUCUUUGUGAAUAUUUGAUAAAAAUCAUUUUAUUAAAGUUUGUUUACAGUC